AGAAGGGCAAAUCCAUCUGUUUAUUGGAAAGAUUCGAAGAACAGAUUGUACUGCAAAAAGCGAAUUGAAUUUUACAUUACAUCACCGUUCCACAGCCACCCAUAAUGCAUUUGGAUGCACAGCUUUCAUUCUCUUAGCGAGAAAGUGGGUAGAGAGAGAGAGAGAGAGAGAGGGAGAGACUUGGAGUCAACGAGAGGCAGAAGGAAAUCCUAGCCCACCAUCCGUUCGACUAAAUGGCGAUACGAAAGAUGGCUUGAUUUGGACAUUUAAUGUGUACUACAACUACAACACCACCUUGGUUAUUGUACUACCCAUUUAGUACACGGGCAGAGUCGAUCAGUUGCUUUGAUAACCAUGAGAAGAGGCAACGCUUUGAUCAACCGAAUGGGGAACGUGGGUGAGGAAGAGCUGAGCCAGAUCCGGGGAGAAGACCCAGAGGUCAGAGAUGUGCCGGAGGAGAUAAAGAGAAUUGCUCCGUGGACCAAACAGAUCACAGUCAGAGGAAUUGUUGCUAGCUUACUAAUUGGGAUUAUUUACAGUGUGAUAGUGAUGAAGCUCAAUCUCACAACCGGGCUUGUUCCCAAUCUCAAUGUCUCGGCUGCUCUUCUUGCCUUUGUGUUCAUGCGGACAUGGACAAAGCUGCUUCAAAAGGCUGGAAUUGUCUCUACCCCGUUUAGUCGGCAGGAGAAUACAAUAAUUCAGACCUGUGCAGUUGCGUGUUAUAGCAUCGCUGUUGGAGGUGGUUUUGGAUCCUAUUUAUUGGGAUUGAACAAGAAUACAUAUAACCAAUCUGGGGUCGGGACAGAAGGGAAUCCACCAGGCAGCUACAAGGAACCUGGGAUUGGUUGGAUGACUGGUUUCCUUUUUGUAAUUUGCUUUGUUGGGAUAUCGGCUCUGGUCCCUCUAAGGAAGAUCAUGAUAAUUGACUACAAAUUGACUUACCCCAGUGGAACUGCUACUGCAGUUCUCAUAAAUGGUUUUCAUACUUCUAAAGGAGACAAGACUGCCAAGAAACAGGUUCACGGAUUUAUGAAGUUCUUCUCUUUUAGUUUUAUCUGGGGUUUCUUCCAAUGGUUCUAUUCUGGGGGUGAACAAUGUGGAUUCUCUAGCUUCCCUACGUUUGGGUUGAAAGCUUGGAAACAAUCAUUUUACUUUGAUUUCAGUAUGACUUACAUUGGAGCAGGAAUGAUCUGUUCCCAUCUUGUCAACUUGUCUUUGCUUCUUGGAGCGGUGCUCUCUUGGGGCAUAAUGUGGCCGCUGAUAAGCGAGCGGAAAGGAGAAUGGUUCCUUAAAACAUUACCAGAAAGCAGUAUGAAGAGCCUUAAUGGAUACAAGGUUUUUAUCUCUAUUGCUCUCAUCUUAGGAGAUGGACUCUACAAUUUUCUCAAGAUACUUUACUUUACCGGUCAAGCCAUGUAUGGUAGAGUGAAGAAGAAGAACCCUGAAACAUUUCCAGAUGACAGUAAUCAGCCCACUAAUGAACUCCAACAGGAUGAAGUAUUUGUCAGGGAAACGAUUCCUUUAUGGGUAGCAUGUAUUGGCUAUGUGUCUUUCUCCAUCUUCUCCAUCAUUAUGAUCCCUCUCAUGUUUCCUGAGCUUAAGUGGUACUAUGUUCUCAUUGCCUACAUUAUUGCACCUUCUCUUAGCUUCUGCAAUGCUUAUGGUGCUGGCCUAACUGAUAUGAACAUGGCCUACAAUUAUGGGAAAGUGGCCCUCUUUGUGCUUGCGUCCAUGUCUGGCAAAGAUUCUGGUGUUGUUGCAGGACUCGUUGGUUGUGGCGUGAUCAAAUCCAUCGUUUCCAUUUCCUCUGAUCUGAUGCACGACUUUAAGACCGGCCAUCUCACCCUCACUUCUCCUCGAUCAAUGCUUGUUAGUCAAGUCAUUGGGACGGCCAUGGGCUGCGUGGUAGCUCCUCUCACAUUCUUUCUCUUCUACAAGGCUUUCGAUGUUGGGGACCCGAAUGGGGAAUACAAAGCUCCCUAUGCCCUCAUAUACAGGAACAUGGCAAUUCUAGGUGUUGAAGGCUUCUCUGCCCUGCCCCAGCAUUGCUUGCAGCUGUGUUACUGUUUUUUUGCCUUUGCCGUAGUUGCCAACUUGGUAAGAGAUGUCUCCCCCAAGAAAAUUGGAAAAUGGGCUCCACUGCCUAUGGCCAUGGCUGUGCCUUUCCUGGUAGGGGCUUACUUUGCAAUAGAUAUGUGCGCGGGCAGUCUAAUUGUAUUUGCUUGGCACAAGAUCAACAGCAAGAAGGCCGGUUUGAUGGUUCCUGCAGUGGCAUCAGGUCUCAUUUGUGGAGAUGGGUUGUGGAUUCUUCCUUCAUCAAUCCUUGCUUUGAUCAAGAUUCAUCCGCCAAUGUGUAUGAACUUUCUUCCAUCCAAGACUUGAGGAAAGGAAAGGUAAGAGUUGGAGAGUAGGGCAAAGAUAAGAGCAGAGAGCAUUAUGGCCAUUAAUGAUAAUGAGUAAUGGAGUAGUUUCACCAGCAACUGAUAGUGUCAAUGCAGUUUCGCACACAGUUUGAAAGUGAUUGUGAUGCCUAAUUUGGAAGAAGAAGCUUAUUCCAAAUUGUGGUUUGCCAUGAUGAGUUGGGGACACAGUGGUUUAAAGCACAAAAGGUGCAGUUUCUUUAUAUAUGAAAAUGUAAACGUGUUCUCCCCCGAUUAUAAUCAUAAACACCGUACUGGCCUUCUCUGAAAUAUCUAUGCAGAGGUUUUUGUGAGUU